AUGCGCCUCAAGCUGCGGAACCUUCUACAGUUCAUGUGGAACAGGAGCUCCAACAGCGGGCCCCAAUGUGUGCCAUAUAUCCGCGACAUCAGACAGCUGCAGAGCGAGGGCUCCCACCGAGUUUAUCUCGGUGAAACCGAGUUUCCAGAGGGUCUGAUCACCGGUGACAUCUCCGCGGCAACGAACGCCUCAAGCAGCAGACACAGCUGGAGCGUCCACGCGGGAGGUCAGAGAGGAUGGGUUCCAUGGAAUUACAGACUACUGUUCCACUGUAGCGGUGUCUCCUCACUGCAGCCUUCAGGGGAAAUAUUUGAAGAGUUGUGUGGCAGUUUAAGGGAGAACUACGGGAAAUGUGCGAUUGUGGUGAACAAUCAUAGCUGGAAAGGUGACGAUUGUAACUCGGUUUUCGCGGGGAACGUUCAUCACCUGCCUGAGGCCCCGGUGGAUCUCAUACCUAUGAGCUGCUGCCCAACGGUGGCGCGCGCGUACGGGCACGAGCUUAUUCAAAUCCCGUUCCAGUGCACGCACCUAAGCCCUCUGAACAGCGCUUGGUCCACGGUGAAGUGGUUUGCGACCAACGACGGUGGGAAGUAUUCGGAGACCAUUUACGACCGUGACACUCUACAUAAAUACGUCUAUUGGAAUGAACUGAUGGAGGGAGCUCUGAAGAAGAUGACCAAGAGGAAAUGGGAGGAAGCAUUGUCUCGAGUUAGGAAGAAUGAGAAUCAUUACCUAAAUGACAAGCAGUGA